GGUCGUUUUAGUCGCGGCACCGUGGUUAGCAUUUAGCUUGUUGACACCUGUGCGCUUCCCUGAUGGGGUGAACGGUUUUAUUUGUGUGAUGUCGGAGUGAAAAUAACAGAUCUUUAAAGUGGCAAUCAUGUCACUUUCGAUGGAGACGCAGCUGCAGAGCAUCUUCGAAGAUGUUGUGAAAACUGAGAUGAUAGAAGAGGCGUUUGCAGGGAUGUUCAUGGAUACUCCAGAGGAUGAGAGGACUAAACUGAUAAGCUGUCUCGGAGCCUUCAGGCAGUACUGGGGAACUCUGCCUCAGGAGUCUCAUGAGCAGUGUGUGCAGUGGAUAGUGCGCUUUAUCCACAGUCAGCACAGUCCCAAGAGGAUCUCAUUCCUGUACGACUGUCUGGCGAUGGCUGUGGAGACCAGUUUGUUAACGCCCAGGAUGGUGUGUGUUGCCCUGAUUAGCUCUGACAGCUUGGAAUGGGAAAGGACUCGCCUGUGGGCCUUAACUUUCAAACUUAUUCGGAAGAUCAUUGGAGGGGUGGACUACAAGGGUGUUCGCGAUCUGCUGAAAGCUGUUCUGGAUAAAAUCCAAACCAUCCCCACCACUGUCAGCUCAGCUAUUGUGCAGCAGCUUCUGGCAGCUAGAGAGGUAGUCGAAUAUAUCCUGGACAGAAACGCCUGCCUGCUGCCAGCCUACUUUGCUGUCACAGAAAUCAGAAAACUCUACCCAGAGGGACAACUCUCACAUUGGCUUUUAGGCAGUUUGAUAUCAGACUUUGUGGACAGUUUCCGACCCACAGCCAGAAUCAACUCUAUAUGCGGACGGUGUAGUCUGUUGCCGGUGGUGAAUAACAGCGGGGCCAUCUGCAACUCCUGGAAAUUAGACCCCACAACGCUUCGCUUCCCUCUGAGGGGGAUGCUGCCUUAUGACAAAGACCUGUUUGAGCCUCAGACUGGCUUGCUCCGCUAUGUGCUCGAGCAGCCGUACUCCAGAGAGAUGGUGUGCAACAUGUUAGGACUCAACAAACAGACUCUGAACAUUGCCCAGCAAAAGCAGCGAUGCCCGGUGUUGGAGGAGCAGCUAGUGGACCUGGUGGUGUACGCCAUGGAGCGCUCAGAGACCGAGGAGCAUUUCGACGCCGACAUCGGAGGAACGAGCCAGUUGCUGUGGCAACAUCUCUCCUCCCAGCUCAUCUUCUUUGUGUUGUUUCAGUUCGCAAGCUUCCCUCACAUGGUGCUCUCUUUGCAUCAGAAGCUUGCAGGCAGAGGUCUUAUUAAAGGGAGAGAUCACCUGAUGUGGGUCCUGCUGCAGUUCAUAUCAGGCAGCAUUCAGAAGAAUGCCUUAGCUGACUUCUUGCCGGUCAUGAAACUGUUUGACCUGCUUUACCCAGAAAAAGAGUGUAUACCAGUUCCUGACAUUAGCAAGCCUCAGUCGACCCAUUCCUUUGCCAUGACCUGCAUCUGGAUCCACCUGAACCGCAAAGCUCAGAACGACAACUCCAAGCUACAGAUACCCAUACCACACUCUCUCAAACUGCACCAUGAGUUUCUCCAGCAGUCGCUACGCAACAAAAACCUGGUCAUGUCUGAUUAUAAGAUCGCCUUGCUGUGUAACGCCUAUAGCACCAACUCUGACUGCUUCUCUCUGCCAAUGGGCGUCCUGGUGGAGACCAUUUAUGGAAACGGAUCCAUGAGGAUCAACCUGCCCGGCACCAGCUGCAUGGCGUCGGGAUCGGUCACUCCGCUGCCCAUGAACCUGUUGGAUUCUCUCACAGUGCAUGCAAAAAUGAGCCUGAUCCACAGCAUCGCCACACGUGUGAUCAAACUGGCCCAUGCCAAGUCCAGCGUCGCCCUGGCUCCUGCACUAGUGGAAACAUACAGCAGGCUUUUGGUCUAUAUGGAGAUCGAGUCAUUGGGCAUCAAGGGAUUUAUUAGUCAGUUGCUGCCCAACGUGUUUAAAUCUCAUGCGUGGGGAAUCCUUCACACCUUACUGGAGAUGUUCAGCUACAGGAUGCAUCACAUCCAGCCGCACUACAGGGUUCAGCUACUAAGUCAUCUACACAGUCUAGCUGCAGUGCCCCAGACCAACCAGAAUCAGCUGCAUCUAUGUGUUGAGAGCACUGCUCUGCGGCUGAUCACAGCUCUGGGGAGUUCAGAGGUCCAACCUCAGUUCACUCGCUUCCUCAAUGACCCGAAGACGGUCCUGUCAGCUGAGUCAGAGGAGCUGAACCGAGCUUUGAUCCUCACGCUGGCCAGAGCCACACAUGUGACCGAUUUUUUCACCGGAUCCGACUCCAUUCAUGGCACCUGGUGUAAAGACAUCCUCCAGACCAUCAUGAGCUUUACGCCUCACAACUGGGCAUCACACACUCUGUCCUGCUUCCCAGCUCCUCUGCAGGCGUUCUUCAAGCAGAACAAUGUUCCUCAGGAGUCUCGAUUCAACCUGAAAAAGAAUGUGGAGGAGGAAUACAGGAAGUGGAAGUCAAUGGCCAAUGAGAACGACAUCAUCACCCACUUCUCCAUGCAGGGCUCUCCUCCCCUGUUCCUGUGUCUCCUGUGGAAGAUGCUUCUGGAGACGGACCGCAUAAACCAGAUAGGAUUCAGGGUUUUGGAGCGAAUCGGAGCUCGUGCAUUGGUGGCUCACGUGCGCACAUUCGCAGACUUUCUUGUCUAUGAGUUCUCGACUUCUGCUGGUGGACAGCAGCUCAACAAGUGCAUUGAAAUCCUGAAUGACAUGGUCUGGAAAUACAACAUAGUCACCCUGGAUAGACUCAUCCUGUGUCUGGCAAUGCGAAGCCACGAGGGGAAUGAGGCUCAGGUUUGCUACUUCAUAAUCCAGCUCCUUCUGUUGAAGCCGAACGACUUUAGGAACCGAGUCAAUGAUUUUGUGAAGGAGAAUGCUCCUGAGCACUGGCUGCAGAGCGACUGGCAUAACAAACACAUGAGCUACCACAAGAAAUACCCUGAGAAGUUGUACUUUGAGGGUCUUGCAGAACAAGUGAGCCCUCCCUUGCAGCUGCAGUCUCAGUACCUGCCAAUCUACUUUGGUAACGUUUGUCUGCGCUUCCUGCCCGUCUUCGACAUCGUCAUCCACCGCUUCCUCGAGCUCCUCCCCGUCUCCAAGUCUCUGGAAACGCUGCUGGAUCACCUCGGGGGACUGUACAAGUUCCACGACCGCCCCGUGACGUACCUGUACAACACCCUUCACUACUACGAACGACAUCUGAGAGACAGAACCAACCUGAAGAGGAAGCUGGUUCAUGCCAUCAUGUCUUCACUGAAGGACAACCGAACCCCAGGAUGGUGUCUGAGUGAGACCUAUUUGAAGUUUGGCAUGAAUCCCAGGGAGGACAACGUCUGGAUCCCUGAUGACACCUACUACUGCAAGCUGAUUGGGCGCCUUGUGGACACCAUGGCCGGAAAGUCGCCCGGACCCUUCCCAAACUGCGACUGGAGGUUCAAUGAGUUCCCCAACCCUGCAGCUCACGCCCUGCAUGUCACCUGCGUGGAGCUGAUGGCUCUGGCCGUGCCAGGGAAGGACGUUGGCAAUGCUUUGCUCAAUGUUGUGUUGAAGAGUCAACCUCUGGUUCCCAGGGAGAACAUCACAGCUUGGAUGAACGCCAUUGGACUGGUGAUCACUGCUCUCCCUGAACCCUACUGGAUCGUUCUCCACGACCGCAUCGUCUCUGUGCUCAGCUCUCCGGCGCUGACAUCCGAGACCGAGUCGGCGGGGUAUCCCUUCGCCUUGUUGGACUUCACCGCCUGCCACCAAAGCUACAGCGAAAUGAACUGCAGCUACGUGCUGGCGUUAACACACGCCGUUUGGCACCACUCAUCCAUCGGACAGCUCUCUCUGAUUCCCAAAUUCCUUUCAGAGACUCUGAAGCCCAUCGUCCAGACAGAGUUCCAGCUACUUUAUGUGUAUCACCUGGUCGGUCCGUUCCUGCAGCGCUUUCAGCAAGAAAGGACACGGUGCAUGCUAGAGAUUGGGGUGGCCUUCUAUGAGAUGCUGCAGGCCGUCGACCAGCACUGCCAGCAUCUCAGCUACAUGGACCCGAUCUGUGAUUUUCUCUACCACAUCAAGUACAUGUACACUGGAGACAGCGUGAAGGAGCAGGUGGAGAAAAUCAUCAUGACUCUUCGUCCGGCGAUGAAGCUGCGUCUGCGCUUCAUCACUCACAGCAGCAUGAUCGAGACCUCUUCAUCAGCCGCCGCUGCCGCCUCCACAUCAUCUGCCUCCACCUCUUCCUCCUCCUCCGCCGGCACCCCACAGCUGCCUCCCUCCUCACUCUCCUCCUCCAAUCCCGCAGCCUCUCCCUCUUCCUCCUCACAGCACGCACACACGCCCAUAUAAAACUCAAGGGAAGGUCACGCUGGUGGACUGAAACAGGAAAUCACAGCUGAAUGUUUAGGUUUUGAGUUUUUGAAACAUAAAGUUGUUGUUUCCUUAUUGUUUUUGUCAUUAAAAGGAAAAUAACACUCUGAACAAGCAGAUUGUGUUAUUUGCAUGAAGCUGUAAUUAGAUAGUGUAGUGAAGGCAAAGUGUAAAGAUUUACUGUUGUAGGAGGAUCAUGUGACUUUAUUUCUUAUUUUUCUUAUUACUGUGCUAUCUUUAUUUUUAUAGUAACUCUUUUUAUAUUGUAUAUUUUACUUCAUUGGGAAAAAGGUAUAAAAAUGCUUUAUAUAACAAA